AUGGUCUAUCGACUCAUAGGCGUUCGAGGAAUGCUACUCGCCGUCUGCUCGAGUCUGGUUCUUGUCGAGCGAGGAGCUAGUGGUUUACCGGGCGUGAGCGGCGGCGACGGCACGCGUCCGGAACGACCUUACUUCGACGACGUGUCGCCUCGGAACGUGUCCGCCGUCGUCGGACAGGCAGCCGUGCUCCGGUGCCGGGCCAAGCACAUAGGGAAUAGAACUGUAUCGUGGAUGAGAAAACGUGACCUUCAUAUCUUGACCUCCCACAUCUUCACGUACACGGGGGACGCGAGGUUCAGCGUCCUCCACCCUGAGCCCUCCGACGACUGGGACCUGAAGAUUGACUACGUGCAGCCGAGGGACGCCGGCGUCUACGAGUGUCAGAUCAACACGGAACCCAAAAUUAACAUGGCUGUGAUACUAACGGUCGAAGAUGAGUCCCUCAUCCUCGCGACCUCGGCCCCGCCCCGCUCCUCAGCGGCUGCGGCGACCAUAUGGGGCUCGCAGGACGUGUACGUGAAGAAAGGCAGCACAAUAUCGCUGACGUGUUCAGUGAAUGUGCACUCGUCGCCGCCCUCCACUGCCUCAAUUUUAUGGUAUCACGGUAACUCCGUGGUGGACUUCGACUCCCCCCGUGGGGGGAUCAGCUUGGAGACGGAGAAGACUGAAGGUGGCACCACCAGCAAGCUGCUGGUCACGAAGGCCGCACUGACGGACUCCGGCAACUACACGUGUGUGCCCAACAACGCUCACCCCGCCUCUGUGUCCGUGCACGUGCUCAAUGGCGAGCACCCAGCAGCGAUGCAGACCAGCAACCGAGCGUCGUCCUACCUCACGUCACAGCUGAGCUGUGCCAUCGUCACCUACCUGCUAUCGUCGGCCGUCUGCAGAUGA